UAAAUCCUCAUCCCGGUCCGCCUUCGAGCGCACGUCCGCGUCCUUAGUACCCUUCCUUCGACGGCUGAGGAGGCGUGCCUCGUGACGCAUCGACAAACCCCCCCCCUUUCCUUCGAUUUUGUCCCGCCGUCCACAACCUUCGCUCGGACCUUCGUCGCCGAUGCGCUGCCUAGACCACCAUGGCGACGCCAGCUAACAACCCGUUCGGGGCGCCGCCCAGCCAGGUUCUCAACAAUCCUUUUGGGGCACCCGCACCCGCACCCGCACCCGCACCCGCUUCUAGCCAGCCUGCCCCGGCUCCCAACCAGCAAUUCCAGAACCCGUUCGGUGCCGCGGCUUCCCAAACCAAUCCCUUUGGCUCCCCCGCUGCGAACCCCUUCGGCGCGCCUGUCAAGAAUCCUUUUGGCGCACCCGCGUCCGGAACCAAGCAACAACCCUCCAGCGGGGCCGCGUCGGGAGCUCCACCCGCGCCGCGCUCAGCGUUUGGCAGCCCAGCUGUGUCGCCAGGGUCGAGUAGUCGACAGCUGUCGCCGGCGCCGCCACUCCAACUCAACAAUCCCUUUGGGACCCCGCCAACUGGCCCCAAGAGCAGCCGAAGUCCGUCACCUUCCGGGUCCCGGGCGCAACCCACGGAGCCGUCCAGUCGGUCCUCGGGAUCUAAGUCCGCCGAAGCAAACACGAUGGCUCGCAAGAACAAGUCCGCUGGCGGCAAGCCAGCUGCUCCAGCAAACAGUGGCGGCUCUGGUGGACAAGGAGGAGGUCAGGGCACAAAAGGGGGAGCAGCCGGAAAGGGAGGCAGCAGCAAUGGCGGUUUUGGUGGGCGGCAGGGGCAUGAUCAAGGAACGCAGCUCGCUAACCCGUUUGCCGGUGCAAACCCCUUCGCAAAGCAGCCGAUGGCCCAGCAGCCAGCAGGGGCGAGCAGCACACAAUCACGGCAGAAUGUUCGGGGUAAGCAGCAGGCUGGGCGCCAGGAGCGCCACCAGCCACCGUCGAGCAGUCGCGCAAGUGGCCAAAAGAUGGUGGACCGCGGCCCGACCGAACGGACCAAGGAGCUCUCGAGCUUUGCCUACGACUAUGCGAACAAGCUAUACGACCACCUGAAGAAGGAGGGUAUCCACCCGCCAAAAUGGCCCGCCGACCCCGGCGACCCCAGCAAGCGCGCCGCCAUCGAGAACUUGAAGGAGGCUUACAAGAAGUAUCGCGCCCGCGUCUACGCGAGUCUGAGAAAAGCCGACCUCAUCGACGACCCGGAGAAACGACGGAAGCUCGAGGACGCGCUUCCGUUCAAGGGUAUCUGCGAGAGCAUGUGCCCGGAGUUCGAGCAGGUCUCCCGUAUCGCCGAGUACGAUGUCAAGACGGAGGAGAAGGAGUUGCGCCCCGACGGGCUGACCAUGUGGCCGGAUCCGGCCAAGAUGGUCAAGAAGUUCGGACGCUCCGCCGCCGGUCAGGACGCGCCGCUGCCUAUGGACGUCCGUUCCGUGGACGCCCUGCGGAGGACAACCGACUACCUGUUCAACGACCUCCUCCAGUCGGAGAGCAACCUCCCUUCGAUGCACAACUUUCUCUGGGACAGGACCAGAGCCGUGCGCAAGGACUUCACCUUCCAUUCUCAAAAGUCGGCGGAGGAGAUGAAAGACAUGGUCUACUGCUUCGAAACCAUCACGCGAUUUCACGCCACGGCCCUGCAUCUGCUGUCAAAGAAGGGCGUCGCGAACGAGGACUUUGACCAGAAGCAGGAGAUCGAGCAGCUGGGCAGGACCAUCCUGUCGCUCAUCGAGGCGUACGACGUGUGCCGCGAUAAGCGGGUCCACUGCGAGAACGAGGCCGAGUUCAGAGCCUACUAUCUCCUCCUUAACGCCCACGAUCCCUCCAUAGCGAGGAGGAUCCCGACGUGGGGGGCCGAGUUCUGGUUCGAGUCGGAGGAAGUCCAGACGGCCUUGUCUCUGAUCCAGGCCAUGGACGACGUGCGCGAGCCCAAGGGCCCCAUCAAACCGCGCGUGGGCACGACCCUGUCCGACACCUCCUUCACCAACUACUUCGCCAUCGUCGAGGACCCGCGGGUGUCGUAUACGAUGGCCUGCAUCGCCGAGAUCCAUUUCACCUCGGUGCGCCAGGCCAUCCUCCGGAACCUCGUCCGGGGCUACGCGCGCCACCGCGACGCUCCCCGUACCAUCACGGCUUCCGACCUCAACGCGAUGCUGCGGUUCGACACGCCCGACGAGGCCGUCGAGUUUGCCGAGCUCCACGGCUUCGAGUUCUCGACGUGGGUCCCUGACGGACGGAACCCCGUGACGGAGCCAUACCUCCUUCUCAAUAAUAAGAAGAAGACGGUUCCGUCGCCUCGAGUGCGCCAGGCCUUCUCGGGAACACUCGUGGAGCGGAAACGCACGACGCAAUCCCUGCCGUACGUGAUCUACAACACCAUAUUCGAAGAGCCGGCGGAGAAGCCGCCGGGGGGGGGUAGCCCGGAUAGCUUGUUUUCGGAAGACAGCGGCCUGUUCGUCACUCAGACGCCGGCGUCUGAGCCAUUGGCCGAGACCAAUCUGGCACCAUUACCGCCGCCGCCGUCCAAACAAUCGGCAAGCCCGACAACAUCUUCGUGGUCGUUUGGCACCCCCGCAUCGAGCACGCCCUUCAGCAUGGGCACUUCCACCACAGCCCCUGCGUUCUCGGGCUUCUCGGCGCCGAAGCCAACGGCAUCCCUAUUUCCCGGUUCAUCGGCCGCUUCGGGGCAACCUACACCCCAACCCCGGGUGGGACAAUCCCCGUUUUCCUCUUUGAGCAGUCAGUCCGCGGCGGCGGCGGCGGCGGCGCCAACGACAAUAACAACAACAACAAUCGGCACAGAUGCGAAACCGGCCACGACUCCGGCUCAGGUCCAGCCAGCUCCGACCGAGCAGACAACAACAACAUCAACAACAACAGCCUCUCCUUUUGCUCCGGCCAAGCCCACAGAGGGCUCGAGCCCGUUCGGUUUCCUCAAGAGCUCCUCCUCCGUCCCGUCUCUUCCAAACUUUGCUCAGCCAACGCAACCACAACCCUCCACAACCUCACCAUCUGUUCCUUCUCCACUUGGCAAUGCUGCCCCCAAGCCGACCACAACCUUCGGCCCGUCACAAGAUACCGCGACCGCUCAAAAGAAACCACCCGACUCGGCCCUUUCGACCUCCAAUCUUGGGUCAACAAACCCGCCCGCCGGAGCGUCUCCAUUUCCAGCGACGACACUGCCGGGACAGGCAACGCAGCAGUCCACCGCCUCCCCUUCCGCCGUGCCGACGAUAUACAUCACACCGCCUUCUUUCACAGCGCCAACAACACAAGGACUGCAGCCUCCGGUUCCUGCUAGCCCUUCGAAGCCGUUCGGGCAAGAGCCACAACGCGGCGUGGAUGCAGGAGCCACUGCACCUUCUACGGUGGCGCCCAAACCACCGCCACCCCCCAAGAGAGACCUGCUUGGCGAUUUCACGAAAUGGUUCGUAAAAGGCGACGAUGGUCUCAUGGAGCAGUUCACCGAGGAGUUCCUGCGCCACAUCCUCUGGGGUGUUUGGCAGGACUUUGAGCGCGAGCGGGAGGAAAGGAAACGGAAAGAGGAGGAGAAAGAAUCGUGGCGCCUAGCACGCGAACAUCAGACCUACCGGCUGCGACUGAAGUACUUCUACCGCUGGCGCAACAACGCCCGGGCCCUCGCCACCAAGCGCAUCCUUCGCGAAGGCAGAGAAAAGAUGCGCCUCUACCGCGAACAACAAAAAGAGGUGAGAAGGAGGCAGCAGGAGGAAAAGGAAAAGGCGGACCGGGAGGCCAAGCGGGCAGCCAAAAGACAGCUCAUGGAGGACACGCACCGCUUCAGUCUGCUCGCCUCCUCCUCCGCCGCCGCCGGCCGCCGCCGCCGCGGCAGCGUCGCCUACAGCGCGGAUUACGUUAGCAACAACGACCCCGAAGAACAGCUCCUCGCAAGCGGCGUCUUUUCCGGCCUCGGUGACGACCCGCGCUCUCUGGCCCGCCGCGUCGUGCGUGAAGCCGCCGGCGACGCCGACAACGAGGCGUGGGCAACCGGCAGCGCAACCCGCUCCUUUCGCUAUCCCGAGUCCGAGCUGGAGCUGGAGCUCGAGCCCCCCCGGACCUCCUCCCCCGACACGAGCAGCGUCGGGGGCGGAAAGAGAGAAGGAUGGAAGACGCGCUCGCUGCGCGAGAAGUUCGGCCUCGAGCCUCGCCGCAGUCUGUCGGCCGGCGGCGGGUCGCUGUCGUCGCUGUCGUCGCGGUUCAGGCAGUCGCUCCCGGGGACCAACAGCAGGACCACCAACUUCGCCGCCUCGCUGUCGUCCUCCUCGAGGAAGAGGUCCGCCGCCGCCGGGGGGGAGGAGUCGGAUGACGACCCCGGGGCCAGGAGGCUGCUCCAAUACGGCGGCGCAAAGGCGGCGGCGGGGAGUGGGCUCGUUAGGUCCACGCACUGGGACCUGCGCGCGCGCGGGUUCGUGCCCAUGCCGGACGGCAAGUGGCUACCCGAGGCUCUCGCCAACAAACAACUGCAGCAACAGCAACAGCAACAGCAACAACAACAGGGCCUCGGCAGCCCCGAAGACGGCCUCGUCGACGCCGCCCCCGAUGUCGACAUGGCCAGCGACGCGGGCCGCGCGGCAUCACCGACGCCGUCCGACUGGCGCCUGCGCCUGGCGAAGCUCAAGAGGUAUCGCCCGCUCGCGCAGCACGGCCAUUCCUCGCGGCACAGCGUCGACCUCCCGCAGCAGACGCCAACGACCACCGGACUCUCGACGCCGCCGAGGGGCAUCCUGUCGACGUCGCCGCCCCAUCCGCCGUUCACCUCCGCCUCCGCCGCCGCCGCCGCCGCUACCGCUACCGCUACGAUCAUGCAGCCACCUCCCCUGGGCGGAUGGCGCGGCGAGGACGGUCCGAUCGGCGGCGUAGGCAAACGCAAACGCGGGCCGGACGAUACGGGCGAGAACGAGGACGAGGGCCACGAGGACGGGGCGCAGCAGCAGCGCCGGAGCCGGGAGCCUUCGCCGUCGGCCAAGAAGAAGGCGGCGGCGGCGGCAGCAGCAGCAGCAGCAACCGGUGCCGUUGUCGUUCCGGGUCGGGCGGAGACGUACGCCAUGGUGGAGAAUACGAAGCGGAUGCUGAGGGAGCUGAGGGAGGCCAUGGACCGGGCGGAUCGCGACGCGAGGGAGGAGGUGUAUUAGAAGAAGAGGAAGAUGAUGAUAAUAAUGAAGAUGAAGAAGGAGGGAGAAGAAGAGAGAAGGGAGAAGAGUUGUGUGGCAUUAUUGGACUGUCUAAGACGGUGGAAAUUGGAAGGGUUUAC